CAGAAAAUUAGGGUUUACGUCGCGAAUCACGAUCAGAUCUCAUCUUCUCCGCUCUCUCUGGUUUCAAUUGAAAUCAGCUUCAAAUAUAUCCUGAUGUUUUGCUAUAAUGGUAGAGAACAAGAUCAGAUUCGUGUGUUGUAGAAGAAGAUGUCAGAAGAGGUAGAGUACCGCUGCUUCAUUGGUGGCCUUGCGUGGUCAACGUCUGAUCGUGGCCUCAGAGAUGCCUUUGAGAAGUAUGGUCACCUCCUUGAGGCCAAGGUGGUUCUUGACAAGUUCUCUGGACGUUCCCGUGGUUUUGGGUUCAUCACUUUUGAUGAGAAGAAAGCUAUGGAUGAAGCUAUUGCAGCGAUGAAUGGGAUGGAUUUGGAUGGGCGGACUAUAACUGUUGAUAAAGCUCAGCCGCUUCAGGGUGGGUCAGGCAGGGAUCAUGAUGGUGACCGCAGCCGUGACCGUGGGUAUGACCGUGACCGUAGCCGUCCCUCUGGUGGGCGAGGUUCAGGUGGUGGAGAUUGCUUUAAAUGUGGCAAGCCUGGACAUUUUGCAAGGGAGUGUCCUGAUGAAUCCGGUAGAGGUGGUGGGGGAAGGUACAGCUCGAGGGACGAUAGGUACGGUGCGAAGGACGAUAGGUACAGCUCAAAGGACGAUAGGUACAGUGCAAAGGAUGACAGGUAUGGUGCAAAGGAAGAUAGGUAUGGUAGGGAUGGUGGUAGGGAUCGCUAUGGACCUGAUCGCAAUGGCGAUCGCUCUGGAGGUCGUAGCAGGGAUGGUGGCAGCCGUGGAGGUCCUGGAGGAGAGAGGCACAGUCGUGCUCCAUACGAUCGCCCCAGAGCUGGAGGGUUUCACUAAAAUUCUACUCCAAAGGUGAAAGAAGUGGAAGGUUUCUGCUUUCGGCUCUCUUGUCAAGUUCGAAGUUAAAGUUACGCUGGAUGGUCUGUUCGUCAAUGUAUUUGUUGGAUAGCUCAAGAAAGAAGAUGUGUCUCUGUUUUGGCCCAUAAAAACUCAAAGAGUCGACUAUGUUCUUAAAAGUGCUGCUCUCCUUUUGAUAUGUUUGGUCCGUAUGGGAACCUUGUGUUGGUUUGAGACAAUUUAAGAUGUGCUCUUUAUGCUUAAUGAACGACAAAUUUGCAAAA